UUGCAGAAGUCUAACACUGUAGAACGCGAAGAGUUCGUGACGUUGAAAGUCGGUGAGGAAACACUGGAUGGCGGUACAGAUGUGGUUGACCAGUUUUCCGAAAGUAAGGACGAGUUGUAUCGGUAUCGUCCCAAGCUCAUCACAUAUAGCAGCAAAAAUGACGACAUUAGCCGUGCGCAAAUGCUUGAGGGACCAGGUGGAUUGAAGCUCGUUGUUUCUGUUGAAAAAGCGAAUGAGGACUUGGAAUCGCCGCCUUCUCUGAGCAUGGAGGAGUCAGCGAACUCACAAAAUAUUGGCAGCGAAGUUAGCACCUCCGAGCUCGAUGGAUACUGGGACGACGAUGAAAUGAAUUUGGAGAACGAUGAAUUGGGCGACAGAGAAUUUGGGGCUGGAACGUCCUUCAACCCGAUGACUACACCUCAGGUCAUAGGAGCCCUUGCGAACGCAAACGAUGAUCCCUAUAAACCUAAAAUGGAGUGUCCAACAUGCGGUCUGAUUCUCUAUCGUCAUAAUUUUUCUACCCAUUAUCGAAUUCAUACUGGAGAACUCCCAUUUGCUUGUGAAUUUUGUUCAAAACGGUUCAGGACAAGUUCAUCUUUAAAAGUUCACGUACGAGCUCAUACUGGUGAAAAACCAUAUAUUUGUCCAUCUUGUGGUUAUUCAACUAUAACAAAACGAAACCUUGAUCGUCAUAUUGAAAAUCAUCACGUUCGUACGGGAGGAUCUAAAGGUCCAGCAACAAGAAAAAGCAGGUACCGAGAAGCUAUAGACAUGGAAUGGGUCGACAACGUUGGAUCACAUAUGGUUUCUCAAUACGACAGGAACUAUAAUGAAAAUCCAGAGAAUAUGUCAGGAUGGAAUAAGAGCGGUGCUCCAAACACACAAGAAUCGUCAACGUUAUGA